AUGGAUAGAGCGGCGCUGCGCGCGGCGGCGAUGGGGGAGAAGAAGGAGGGCCGCGGCGGGGGGGACGCGGCGGCCGCGGACGGGGGCCCCGGGGCCGCAGCCAGCCGGGCGCUGCAGCAGUGCGGCCAGCUCCAGAAGCUCAUCGACAUCUCCAUCGGCAGCCUGCGCGGGCUGCGUACCAAGUGCGCCGUGUCCAACGACCUCACCCAGCAGGAGAUCCGGACCCUGGAGGCGAAGCUGGUCCGCUACAUCUGCAAGCAGCAGCAGUGCAGGCUGAGCGUGGCUCCUGGUGAGAGGACCUCGGAGCUCAACAGCUACCCUCGCGUCAGUGACUGGCUGUGCACCUUCAGUGUGAGGCCGGCAGUGGUGCAGGAGAUCCUCAGCGAGCUCACGCUGGAUGCCCUGCUGGACAUGAACGAGGUCAAGGUGAAGGAGACGCUUCGGCGCUACGGGGCCAAUGCCGAGGAGUGUAGCCGCCUGCAGUACGCCCUUGCCUGCCUGCGGAAAGUGACAGGUCUGGGAGGAGAGCACAAAGAGGACUCGGGCUGGAGUUCAUUGGAUGCCCGGCGGGAAAGCGGCUCAGGGCCUUCCGUGGACGCCCUCUCGCCGGCCAGCCUGCCUUGGCCCCCAGGGGGCGCCCAGCUGGGCAGAAUGGGCGGCAGCACCCAGGGCCCACGCUCCGUAUCUGUGUCCGCUCUGCCCACCUCGGACUCCCCGAUCCCCGGCCCCUGUGAGGGCCUCUCGGACACCUGUGUCCUCCUGCACACCAGUGGCCGGCUGACCCCUCGGGCCCUGCACAGCUUCAUCACCCCCCCGACCACGCCCCAGCUGCGAAGGCACACCAAGCUGAAACCGCCGCGGACGCCGCCCCCACCCAGCCGCAAGGUUUUUCAGCUGCUGCCCAGCUUCCCCACGCUCACCCGGAGCAAGUCCCACGAGUCUCAGCUGGGGAACCGCAUUGACGAGGUCUCCCCGAUGAGGUUUGAUCUCCCACAUGGAUCCCCACAGAUGGUACGAAGGGAUAUCGGGCUGUCGGUGACUCACAGGUUCUCCACCAAGUCUUGGCUGUCCCAGGUCUGCCACGUGUGCCAGAAGAGCAUGAUGUUUGGAGUGAAAUGCAAGCAUUGCAGAUUGAAAUGUCAUAACAAGUGUACAAAGGAAGCCCCUGCCUGUAGAAUAUCCUUCCUCCCACAACCUAGGCUUCGGAGGACGGAAUCUGUCCCCUCAGAUAUCAACAACCCGGUGGACAGAGCAGCUGAGCCCCAUUUCGGAACCCUCCCCAAAGCACUGACAAAGAAGGAGCAUCCUCCAGCCAUGAACCACCUGGACUCCAGCAGCAACCCGUCCUCCACCACAUCCUCCACGCCCUCCUCGCCGGCACCCUUCCCAACAUCAUCCAAUCCAUCCAGUGCCACCACGCCCCCCAACCCCUCUCCUGGCCAACGGGACAGCAGGUUCAACUUCCCAGCUGCCUACUUCAUUCAUCAUAGACAGCAGUUUAUCUUUCCAGACAUUUCAGCAUUUCCACAGGCAGUCCCAUCCCCUGAUGCGGCAGACAGCACCCGGCUCGACAACCAGCCAAAAGCAGACGUGUUGGAGGAUCACGAUGUGGAGGCCGAGGAGCCAGAGGCCGGCAAGUCAGACGCAGAGGAUGAUGAGGACGAGGUGGAUGAUCUUCCCAGCUCCCGCCGGCCCUGGCGGGGCCCCAUCUCUCGCAAGGCCAGCCAGACCAGUGUGUACCUGCAGGAGUGGGACAUCCCUUUCGAGCAGGUGGAGCUGGGCGAGCCCAUCGGGCAGGGCCGCUGGGGCCGGGUGCACCGUGGCCGCUGGCACGGCGAGGUGGCCAUCCGCCUGCUGGAGAUGGACGGCCACAACCAGGACCACCUGAAGCUGUUUAAGAAGGAGGUGAUGAACUACCGGCAGACGAGACACGAGAACGUGGUGCUCUUCAUGGGGGCCUGCAUGAACCCGCCCCACCUGGCCAUCAUUACCAGCUUCUGCAAGGGGCGGACGUUGCACUCAUUUGUGAGGGACCCCAAGACAUCUCUGGACAUCAACAAGACCAGACAGAUUGCUCAGGAGAUCAUCAAGGGCAUGGGCUAUCUACAUGCCAAGGGCAUUGUGCACAAAGAUCUCAAAUCCAAGAACGUCUUCUAUGACAAUGGCAAAGUGGUCAUCACAGACUUCGGGCUGUUUGGCAUCUCGGGUGUGGUCCGAGAGGGCCGGCGUGAGAACCAGCUGAAGCUGUCCCAUGACUGGCUCUGCUACCUGGCCCCAGAGAUCGUCCGCGAGAUGACCCCCGGGAAGGACGAGGACCAGCUGCCGUUCUCCAAAGCUGCUGACAUCUAUGCAUUUGGGACUGUUUGGUAUGAACUGCAAGCAAGAGACUGGCCCUUUAAGAACCAAGCUGCAGAGGCCUUGAUCUGGCAGAUUGGAAGCGGAGAGGGUAUGAAGCGUGUCCUGGCCUCCAUCAGCCUGGGGAAGGAAGUCACUGAGAUCCUGUCUGCCUGCUGGGCUUUCGACCUGCAGGAGAGGCCCAGCUUCACCCUGCUGAUGGACAUGCUGGAGAAGCUGCCCAAGUUGAACCGGCGGCUCUCCCACCCUGGCCACUUCUGGAAGUCUGCUGAUCGCUGGCGGAGCCGCCACUACGGGAAAGCGCGUGACGGCCACCUGGACUUCCAGAACUCCUGUCCGGCUCUGGAGGAAUACAUUAACAGCAGCAAAGUUGUACCCCGGUUUGAAAGGUUUGGCUUGGGUGUCCUGGAGUCCAGUAAUCCAAAGAUGUAGCCAGCCAUGCAGUUUCUCUGCCGAUUUCUUUCUUUCUUAAAUGUGUUUCUAAAGCAUCCAAAUAACCACCAUGACACAAAUGAAAACACUCUUUGAAACAUCGGUCCACCCUCCUAAGUGCUGCAGACCAGGAGUGUGAGUCCUCCACUCAGAUGUUCAUCCACAAAAAUACCAGGAGAUAGAGCUGCACCUGCUGUUUCUUAAAGUGAUUUCACCAACAACCGGACCUGCCCGACAGGCAGCGAAUGUUUACAUGUAUGUUUCUGGGGCGUGAACUCAAUGCUUUACAACAGAUAAUAAUACAAAGUGGUCCACAGAGGCACUCUGCCACCACUGGCCGGGAUGGCGGAACUGGCCUUCCCCUCUGGAGGAUCCUGGCGGCGGUGCGGAAAAGGAAGAAAAGCAUCAUGACUGUGGCUGUUCUCGGGGUGGGAUAGGGACCACAAAGUUUGACCUGGACUCUGCUUUGGCCCUAAACCCCAUCCGUGGGGAAUGUCCCUGUAGGGUUUUCCUCCUAUCCUAACAAAGGGACACUGUCCUUUUUUCCUCUGGCAAAGGAAACCCUGGCUAGGAACCAAGCUGGAUUAUGAGGGUCAGGAGUUCCCAGAGGGCUUGGAUUCCCUUUUGACCCCAAUAAUCCAGCCCAUACCUGCUGGAAAAGUUGAAACAGAUUAAAUCCAAGUAAUGUCUGGAUUGAUCCAGGGGUUGGUGGCCAGGGUUUCCAGCACCUAUAGAGAGGUCUCUUUCACACAGCUUCCAGGAAGACACCAAGGAGAUGGCACUCAGGGCGUCAGCUUUUUAGACACAUCCCAAUCCUGGCUGACAUUUGACCCCAGAGCUAAGGCCCAGCCUGGCAGCUGCGUGUACCAUGAAGGCUUGCUCAGGAAGAACAGAGAGGGGAGGGAGAAGUGGCAGGCAGCAGGUUCCUGAGCCCACCCUCCCAGCCACGGGGUGACCUGGCUCUUCAGAAGCCCCAUCAGUCAUGCCAGGGUUCUGGAAUUGCCCACCCCUUCUCCUCCAAUCCUGUUGGAAGCCCAUAGCCACGCCUGACUCUUCCACUGUCCUUGUUCUGAGCUCUUAGCUAAGGCGGGAGGCCUGUGCCCCUCCACACUAUUGAUCUAGACCACCCAGUCCACCAGGCCUCAGAGCCUCCCCUGAACCGAGUCAGGACCAUCUGUGCAUGUAUAUUUGCACCAGAAGGAGGGGCUUGACUGGGGGAUGUCCAUCGUGAUGUGAGCACAUCCUGCCUAUCUUCAUUAGAAGCUGUCACCUAAGGAGAACAGUUCCAAAUGGCAAAGAAGCCUUUAGUGGGUGUUACGCCAUGUUAGUCUUCAAACCAGGACUGACCAAGGGUGAUGAGGGUGGAGAUGUGGUUGGAUUCAGACCCAGAACCUGUGUCCGUGCUCUGAGCCAAGAUGGGGGCAUGUGGCCCUCCCAUCCCUUUCAUUUAGACCCACCUAGCAAAGCUCCCAAUCUUCAGAGCCUUCCCUGGAGUCUGGCCAAAAUGUCAGACGAAGCAGGCUACUGCCUAGAAGUGGUAGGGCUGCCUUCCUGAGUCAAGCGCCCCUCAGGCGGGCCACCUUCGCCUGGAGAGCACAGCUGUGCAGUAGUGUGAGGUAUCCAGGCUCCCGCUGCCCAUCCACGCCCCAGACCUGAGCUCCUUAGCCCCUCCCGGUCUGUGUGUAUGGGGAAGACCAGAGAUGUAAGCCAGCUGGAUUCAGCUCCGGUGGGGGGGGGGGUCUUUCCUCUUCUGUGGGACUGCUGGCUUCACCCCCUCAUCCCUUGGCCUCCCCGAUGGGUGUCACGCCUACGGGUCAGUUCAAGAAGCUUUCAUCGAGCACUGACAGUGUCUUGAGCAAGUGUAGGGGACCCCGCGAUGGGAGCAGUCACAGUCCCUGCCCUUAAGGAACUGACGCUCAGCCAGGAACCCUGAGGGGUUGCUGAAGGCCUGGAGGACAGGCCCUUCAUCUUCAGGACCCCGGACAGCCGCCCAGCUCUUGGCCUGGCCUCUGUGCUGCCUGUCCUUUAAGAGAAACGUGGUCCCCUUCUCCCUGUCAAAGUGACUGUGAAUUGAGGUUGGGAAGACGUGCCUGCCCUUCUGUGUGCUCUCCCUGUCUGCCAUGGAAACACAUGAAGGACGGCCAGAUACUGUGAAUUCAGCGCUCACGGCCAACUGUGAAGGGGAUGGAGAAGCUGGGACCGCCUCCUUGGCGAGACCUGUGGGGGCUGCAGAGGUCCCCACCAGGGUCUGAGAGUGGAGCCCAAGCUUUGGUCCUUCGCAGCACAGCCCCAGUCCCCAGCAUCCCCUCCAAAACCCUAGGGCCCGUGUCCCCGCUGCCUUUAACCCCCAGAGCCGCAGCCCCUGGCUCUCCAUCAGCUUGAGGUCUUCAAUCAAGCUCCCCGUUGGUAGCGGGCGGUGUAGCAAUGUUGACCUCUCCGUGUCACCAAGUCAGUGCAGGGCGCCGGAAUCCCUCUGUCCUCUCGUGGCAUUCUCUUUGUGAUCCCAGGGGGCAGCCGUGUGCCCUGUAUGCCUGCAUCGCUGUUCCGUGUUGAUUAGGGGGCCUGGCAGAGACAUAAAUGUGAAGCCGUUAGGGAGCUCGUGUGAUGCUACAACGUUAGCCCGGAUUUCAUUAGUGUGUGUAAAGCCAGUGUCCUCCGUGGCCACGGGCGCACACUUGCUUUUUUUGAAUGUGAUGUAAAAUUUGUACAGUAAAAGUUUUUAUAUUUUCUAUCAACUGCAUUUGUCUUCCAGAAAUGCUAUUAAUUUAAAUUAAAAUGGUUAGUAUUAAUGAACGUGCUGUAUCCGUUUUUUUGUCACUGGCAAGAACACAUCCUUUGUGCCAGGCCAAGCCUGGGUGUCUGGAGUUUGUGAAUAAAAUUGUACC